CGCUUGUGAAGUUCCGUGUGUAUCGCUAACUCGAGCUAAUUCAUCACAGAUACCUCAGCUAGCCAACCUUGCGCAGUGUUGGCCAGGUAGACGUACAAUGAGAGAUAUUCCGGAUAAAUCGAAUAGCAGUUAAGUGUUCGGCAUUGUAAUACAAACACAUUAGGCCGUCCAAAUGGUGAUCAUAUCAGGCACAGCCACUGUGCUGCAGCAGUUUGUCAGUGGACUGAAGAGUCGAAAUGAAGACACACGAGCAAAAUCUGCCAAAGACCUGCAACACUAUGUGACUACAGAACUCAGAGAGUUAAGCCAAGAUGAAGCUACUACGUUCUACGAUGAGUUGAACCACCACAUAUUUGAGCUGGUGUCCAGCUCUGAUGUGAAUGAAAAGAAAGGAGGGAUUCUUGCCAUAGUGAGUCUAAUUGGAGUUGAAGGAGGCAAUGCCACCAGGAUCAGUCGAUUCGCCAACUACCUCCGCAACCUGCUCCCUUCCAGCGACCCCGUGGUGAUGGAGAUGGCCUCUAAAGCUAUGGGCCACCUUUCUAUGGCGGGGGACACCUUUACGGCUGAGUAUGUGGAGUUUGAAGUGAAGAGAGCCCUGGAGUGGUUGGGAGCCGACAGAAAUGAAGGGAGACGCCAUGCUGCAGUUUUGGUGUUGAGGGAGCUGGCUGUGAGUGCACCCACCUUCUUCUUCCAGCAAGUCCAGCCGUUCUUUGACAACAUCUUUUACGCAGUAUGGGAUCCUAAGCAGGCCAUCCGAGAAGGUGCUGUGUCUGCCCUGCGAGCCUGUCUCAUCCUCACCACUCAGAGAGAGACAAAGGAAAUGCAGAAACCACAGUGGUACAAACAAACCUUUGAAGAGGCAGAAAAAGGCUUUGAUGAGACUUUGGCCAAAGAGAAAGGGAUGAAUCGUGACGACAGGGUCCACGGCGCUCUUCUGAUCCUGAAUGAGCUGGUUCGCAUCAGCAGCAUGGAGGGAGAGCGUAUGCGCGAGGAGAUGGAGGAGAUCACACAGCAGCAGCUGGUCCACGAUAAGUACUGCAAGGAACUGAUGGGGUUUGGAACAAAGCCCCGCCACAUCACACCCUUCACCAGCUUCCAGUCGGUGCAGCCGCAGCAGUCCAACGCCCUCUUAGGCUUGUUGGGCUACAGCACACCUCAAGGCUUCCCCAGCUUUGGGGCCACACCGGUACCCGCCAAGAGCUCUCUGGUGGAGAGUCGCUACUGCCGUGAGUUGAUGGAGGAGCGAUUUGACCAGGUGUGUAGGUGGGUGCUGAAAUACAGGACCAGCAAAAAUCCUCUGAUCCAGAUGACCAUCCUCAACCUGCUUCCACGCUUGGCUGCCUUCCAGCCGCAUACCUUUACAGACCAGUAUUUGUCAGACACUAUGGGCUACCUGCUGGGCUGCCUGAAGAAGGAGAAGGAGAGGACGGCAGCUUUCCAGGCUUUGGGGCUGCUGGUUGUGGCUGUGAGGACAGAAAUCCAGCCGUACCUCUCCAAGAUCCUUGAGAUCAUCAAGGCUGCCCUGCCACCCAAGGACUUUGCACACAAGAGGCAGAAGACCAUGCAGGUGGAUGCUACAGUGUUUACGUGUAUUAGCAUGCUUUCUAGAGCCAUGGGUCCCAGCAUCCAGCCAGACAUCAAAGAACUGCUUGAGCCUAUGCUUGCUGUGGGCCUCAGUCCUGCACUUACUGCAGUGCUGUACGAUCUGAGCCGUCAAAUCCCCCAGCUGAAGAAAGAUAUACAGGAUGGUUUGCUGAAGAUGCUCUCUUUGGUAUUAAUGCACAAGCCAUUGCGUCACCCUGGCAUGCCCAAAGGCCUGGCUCACCAGCUAGCGUCACCAAGCCUCACUAACAUUCCAGAGGCUAGUGAUGUUGGCAGCAUCACCCUGGCCUUGCGAACCCUGGGAAGCUUUGAAUUUGAAGGACAUUCCCUCACCCAGUUUGUGCGCCACUGUGCUGAUCACUUCUUGAACAGCGAACACAAAGAAAUCCGAAUGGAGGCAGCUCGGACUUGCUCACGCCUGCUUACUCCCUCCAUCCACCUGAUCAGCGGCCAUGUUGUCAGCCAGACCGCUGUGCAGGUUGUUGCAGAUGUUCUCAGCAAGCUGCUAGUUGUUGGCAUCACUGAUCCAGAUCCAGACAUCCGAUACUGCGUGCUGGCGUCACUUGAUGAACGCUUUGAUGCUCACCUCGCCCAGGCUGAAAACUUGCAGGCGUUGUUUGUUGCCCUGAAUGAUGAGGUGUUUGAGAUCAGAGAGCUGGCAAUCUGCACGAUCGGACGCCUGAGCAGCAUGAACCCUGCCUUUGUUAUGCCCUUCCUACGCAAGAUGCUCAUCCAGAUCUUAACAGAAUUGGAGCACAGCGGUGUCGGCAGGAACAAAGAGCAGAGUGCUCGUAUGCUUGGUCACCUGGUCUCCAAUGCGCCCCGACUUAUACGUCCUUAUAUGGAACCCAUCCUCAAGGCUCUCAUCCUCAAGCUUAAAGACCCAGACCCUAACCCUGGAGUAGUCAUUAGUGUCCUUGCAACCAUUGGCGAGUUGGCUCAGGUGCUUGAAUGGUCCCCUGAAAGCAGUCAGGGAGUCACAGUUAAAGGGCCUUUGAAGUUCAGACAGAGUGCGGGAGAUGCUCAGGGAGACUCAGUGCAGGAUGAGACAGAAGCCCAGCUGUUCGGGAACCCAGACAAAGCAAAGAUGCAUGAGAAUGUGAGUGGCCUAGAGAUGAGGAAGUGGAUGGAUGAGCUUUUCCCAAUUAUUAUGGACAUGCUGCAGGACUCAUCAUCACUGGCCAAGCGACAGGUGGCUCUGUGGACACUGGGCCAGCAAGUAGCUAGUACAGGCUAUGUGGUGGAGCCCUACCGCAAGUACCCGUCCCUUCUAGAGGUGCUGCUUAACUUCCUCAAGACUGAACAAAACCAGGGCAUCAGGAGAGAGGCUAUACGUGUUCUGGGGCUUCUUGGAGCCCUGGAUCCCUACAAACACAAGGUGAAUAUCGGCAUGAUCGACCAGUCCCGAGAUGCCUCUGCUGUCAGUCUCUCAGAGUCCAAGUCCAGUCAGGACUCGGCUGACUAUAGCACCAGUGAAAUGCUGGUGAACAUGGGUAACCUGCCCCUGGAUGAGUUUUACCCUGCUGUGGCAAUCGUCACUUUGAUGCGCAUCCUGAGAGACCCAUCACUCUCCAACCACCACACUAUGGUAGUCCAGGCGGUCACCUUCAUCUUCAAAUCUUUGGGCCUAAAGUGCGUCCAGUUCCUGCCUCAGGUCAUGCCCACUUUUCUCAAUGUCAUUCGGGUCUGUGAUGCCAGUAUCCGAGAGUUCCUCUUUCAGCAGAUGGGAAUGGUUGUGUGCUUUGUGAAGAUUCACAUCCGUCCCUAUAUGGAUGACAUCUUCACCCUCAUCAGAGAAUACUGGACACCAAACAACCCCAUGCAGAACACCAUCAUCCUCCUGAUUGAGCAGAUUGUGGUGGCGCUGGGUGGAGAGUUCAAGCUCUAUCUCCCUCAGCUCAUUCCACACAUGCUACGUGUCUUCAUGCACGACAACAGCACCGGGCGCAGUGUUACCAUCAAGCUACUCAAUGCCAUCCAGCUGUUUGGUGCCAACCUAGAUGACUACCUCCACUUGUUGCUGCCUCCCAUUGUCAAGCUCUUUGAUGCCCCUGAUGUGCCCCUGCAGGCGCGCAAGGUUGCCUUGGAGACACUGGACCGACUGACAGAGUCCCUGGACUUCACAGACUACGCUUCACGCAUUAUCCACCCGAUCGUUCGGACACUUGACACCACUCCAGAGCUGCGUUCCACUUCCAUGGACACCCUGUCCUCGCUCGUAUUCCAGUUGGGCAAGAAGUACCAGAUCUUCAUCCCCAUGGUGAAUAAAGUGAUGCUAAAGCACAGGAUCAACCACCAGCGUUACGACAUACUCAUAUGUCGGAUUGUCAAGGGCUAUACUCUGGCAGAGGAGGAAGAAGACCCUCUAAUUUUCCAGCAUCGCCAGCUUCGUGGUAACCAAGGUGACGCUUUGGUCAGCGGACCAGUAGAGGCGGGGCCUAUGAAGAAGCUCCACGUCAGCACUACUGCACUCCAGAAGGCUUGGGGAGCUGCCAGGAAGGUGUCCAAAGAUGAUUGGCUGGAGUGGCUGAGGCGCUUGAGUGUUGUCCUGCUCAAAGAGUCAUCCUCCCCAGCUCUGCGCUCGUGCUGGUCACUGGCUCAGACCUACAUCCCUCUUGCCAGAGACUUGUUCAAUGCAGCUUUCCUCUCAUGUUGGUCUGAGCUGAGUGAGGACCAGCAGGAUGAGCUGAUCCGCAGCAUUGAGUUAGCGCUCACAUCUCAAGACAUUGCUGAAGUCACACAGACUUUGCUCAACUUGGCAGAGUUCAUGGAGCACAGCGAUAAGGUUAGCAGUGACUUGAUAACCUAA